ACUCUCUUGCACUCUCACCACCAUUCUGCCCUACGGUAGCUAAUUUCCCAAUACCGUCAUUCUAAUGCCGCUUACACAUAAAGAGGGAAGAACUGUGAUACAUGCCAGGGGGUCGUGUUUCAUCGAAAGGAAGAAUCGGAUCACUAUAAAUAUGGACUAUUAUUGUUGGGCCCGGCAACAAACUUACUUUCUCCCAACAGCCUCCGUCAAGCUCCCAACUAGAUAUCUUGACGUGGCGUUGACCUCCACACUCUUUUGGAUCCAAGCAUUAUACCCCCCAUCGUCUUGAUUAGAAACAACAUGGCAACCUACGAACCGGCACCUGUACCAAAUUUGGCGGAUAAAACAAAACCACAGGGUACGGACUUGACACCGAAGCAGAAGGAAGCAUUGGAUAAAGUGCUAGCACAUUUCUCGGAUCCGGAUUAUAAGCUACCACAGGUUGAUGCCGAGAAUUCAACUCUGAGCGAUGAGGAGAAGUUUUGGUUGUCCUAUGAAUGUAUGCUUCGAUAUCUCCGUGCAACGAAGUGGGCUGGUGCAGAGCAGGCCAUCAAGCGACUAGAGGAUACCCUUCGGUGGAGGCGCCAGUUCGGGCUUUAUGACAAAAUAAAGGCAGAGUAUAUCGAACCAGAGGCAGUGACGGGGAAGAUGAUCACGUAUGGGUUCGACGUCGACGGCAAGCCAGCGUUAUACCUCGUUCCCAGCCGUCAGAACACGACUGAGAACCAACGACAAAUCGAGUUCACGUUCUGGAUACUCGAGAGAGUUAUUGACUCGAUGGGACCCGGCAUAGAAAGUCUGAAUCUCAUGAUCAACUUUGCCGACAGGGCGAGAAACCCCUCCCUCUCAACGUCUCGAACGGUCCUAAACAUCCUCCAAACACAUUAUCCCGAACACCUCGGCCGAGCCAUCAUCAUCAACGUCCCCUUCCUCAUCAACGCAUUCUUCAAGCUCAUCACACCCUUCGUCGACCCCGUCACCCGUGUCAAAAUGCGUUUCAAUCCCCAAGUAGUCCAAGAAGGCAUCUUCGCUCCAAACGCAGUUUGGAAGGAGUUUGGCGGCGACGUCGAUUUCGUUUACGAGCAUGAGAAGUACUGGCCGGCUUUGAACAAGAUGUGCACUGAGAGGAAGCAGAGGCAUAUGGAGCGUUGGCGGCAAUUGGGCGGAACGGUUGGAUUGAAGGAAUGGGAUACACGUCGUGAGGUCACUUCGAAUGGUCAAGCGGUAGAGCCGAAGGUUGAGGUACCAUUGGAUGACGAACUCGAGACAGAGAUCAAUGGUGAAUCAGAGAAGGUUACUGCUAUCGAAGAAAUCACUGAGGUCUCGGUAGGAAUUGCUGCGUAGAUGGUUAUAUAUCGUCUCUGGUCGCAGAAGAUUGUGUUACUUUGUGCUCGUUUCCCUGUUUGUCUCAUUGCCUGCAUUUUAGAGUAGAUAUCUCUCACUAUUUCACUCACAUUGAUACCUUUCGGACGCUUUGAAUAACGGGUAGAGGGUAAUCCCCAUAUAUUAUACCGCUAAUAUUUACUUGUACAAGUGUGAAGUC